AAUGGUAGUCGCGAGCGCAUAUAGACGCAGGGCGACGACUCUCCUUGUAGGGGCUGCUGCAGGUGCCAAGCGGCAGCCGGGCCGGGCGCUGCCAGCUAUAUAGCGCGGCCGGCGCCGCUCGCCGCCACUACCGCCGCACCCGCUGCCCGCUACGCGCUAUAACAGCGAUUUCGUGUUGUGUGCAUUGUGCGAGUGUAGUCAGCAAGAAUGUGUGACGACGAUGCGGGCGCGCUGGUGGUCGACAACGGCUCCGGCAUGUGCAAGGCCGGCUUCGCGGGGGACGACGCGCCGCGCGCCGUGUUCCCUUCCAUCGUCGGCCGCCCACGCCACCAAGGCGUCAUGGUGGGCAUGGGACAGAAAGACUCUUAUGUCGGGGACGAAGCUCAGAGUAAGAGAGGUAUCCUGACAUUCAAGUACCCGAUCGAACACGGUAUCGUUACUAACUGGGACGACAUGGAGAAAAUUUGGCAUCACACUUUCUACAACGAAUUGCGUGUCGCUCCCGAGGAACACCCCGUUCUCCUGACUGAGGCCCCGCUCAACCCCAAGGCCAACCGUGAGAAGAUGACACAGGUUAUGUUUGAAACGUUCAAUUGCCCGGCCAUGUACGUCGCGAUCCAAGCGGUGCUGUCACUGUACGCCUCCGGCCGUACUACUGGCAUCGUGCUGGAUUCGGGCGACGGUGUUUCCCAUACCGUACCUAUUUACGAAGGCUACGCAUUACCUCAUGCUAUACUCCGAUUGGACUUGGCCGGACGAGACCUGACUGAUUACCUCAUGAAAAUUCUCACCGAGAGAGGCUAUUCAUUCACUACAACGGCAGAGAGAGAAAUCGUGCGUGACAUAAAAGAGAAACUGUGCUAUGUUGCGCUGGACUUUGAGCAGGAGAUGCAGACCGCGGCCGCGUCCACCUCGCUGGAGAAGUCGUACGAACUGCCCGAUGGUCAAGUAAUCACGAUCGGAAACGAAAGGUUUAGAUGUCCCGAAGCGCUAUUCCAGCCUUCUUUCUUGGGUAUGGAAUCUUGCGGCCUUCACGAGACGACCUACAACUCGAUCAUGAAGUGCGACGUCGACAUCCGUAAGGAUCUGUACGCCAACACUGUCCUCUCCGGCGGAACCACCAUGUACCCCGGUAUUGCUGAUCGUAUGCAAAAGGAAAUCACCGCUCUGGCGCCCUCCACCAUUAAAAUCAAAAUUAUUGCACCUCCUGAGAGGAAGUAUUCCGUGUGGAUCGGCGGAUCUAUCCUGGCUUCAUUGUCUACUUUCCAGCAGAUGUGGAUUUCUAAGCAGGAAUAUGACGAGUCGGGCCCUGGCAUUGUACACCGCAAAUGCUUCUAAACGUAGCUGGAGCCAGCGGGGCCCGGCGGCGGCGGUCGCUCGACAUCGUCACCUCCCAGCGAGCCGUCCUCCCUCUGUGGAGUGCGCACUCACACCGCUCGUGUUAUUAUAAUUUUUAUGCGAAUUUUGUACUUUCAUUUAUCAAAUUGUAUUUAUUUUAUACUUUUUGUUGGAGACUGCGCGCACUUGCGUUAUCGUGUAAGUGAAGUACUUUAAGUUUAUGUCGUGUAAUUAUAAUUUUGUUACUGA